UAGGAAUUGUGCCAUGUCACAACCAACCGUACAUACAUCCCGCGUUAGGACAGCAUAAUCAUGCUGAUAAGGAUUGGACUGAGCCAGGAUAGGCGCCACAGUGGAACGGGUAUCUGCGGCCCAAGUGGUCUGAUAGGAAUGUUACCCCUCCCGCUCCAUCUUUCCAUUACCUCUUUCCACCACUCCUGCCUCUCAUGGGUUCACCUUGACCCUUCCCAUGUUUGACCUCCUUUAAACGCUGCCAGUCACUUUUGAACUCGCCAGCUGCCUAAAUCGAUCAUCAGAUUCACCACACCGAACCUCGACUUUAACUAUUGCUUUUAUACCAACCAACCCCGCGAGCCAUGGCUACCGCGCAAGGUUCCGGAUCUCCUCUUAUAAAUGACAAGUUAAAGGCCAACACCCGGCCCAAGUCCCACCCUCUUGGGCCUCUGACGCCACAGGAGAUUACCGACGCUGCGGCCCUGACCCGGGCAUGCUGGCCAAAAGAUAUCGACUACCACUUCAAGGUUGUGACGCUUCUCGAGCCUGAUAAGGCUGAACUCAUCCCCUAUUUGGCUGCAGAGCGGGCUGGAGAAGCUCCGGGUAACAUUGACCGACGAGCAUUCGUUGUCUACUACUUUAGGGGCACGCACAACCUUCACGAGGCGGUGGUGAAUCUCACUACAGGCAAAGUCGAAGCGAAUGUGAAACUCGGGCCGUUCACGCACGCAAACGGCGAUGGAGACGAGCUUAUCGCGGUCGAAAAGGCCUUGCUGGCUCACCCGGCUGUCCAAGCCGAGAUAGCCAAACUACAGCUCCCUCAAGGGUCUGUAGUUGUCUCUGAUCCCUGGAUUUACGGUUCCGACGGCCUGAAGGAUGGUAACUUCUACGAUGACAAGCGCAUCCUGCAAUGCUUCCUCUACAUGCGUGACCCUGAGAACCCGACCGAGCCGGACAGCUGCCAUUACGCGUUCCCUCUCCCUAUCUCGCCUGUCAUGGACCCCACUACCAUGGAGCUGAUCCGCAUCGACAUUUUACCUACGGGCCACGAUGAGAAAGUCAAACCCGUCGCUCCAUGGCAUCCAACAAGUGCGGCCGAGUACAUCCCCGAAGCACAAACGCUGCGCACCGAUCUGAAACCGCUGCAGGUCGUGCAGCCGGAGGGGGCGUCGUUCACGGUUGAGAACUUCUCCGAGUUGGGCCGCUUGAUCCGCUGGCAGAAAUGGGAUCUGAAGGUCGGCUUCAACCAGCGGGAAGGCAUGGUCUUGUAUGAUGUGCACUACGACAACAGACCUCUUUUCUACCGGCUAAGCUUGUCCGACAUGUCCAUCCCCUAUGCAGAUCCGCGCCAUCCGUUCCACCGCAAAGCCGCCUUCGACCUGGGAGACGCCGGAGCCGGCAUCAUGGCCAACAACCUGCAACUUGGCUGUGACUGUCUUGGCAGCAUCUACUACAUUGGGGGAGUGCUGACGGACACCGGUGGAAAGCCGGUAAACAUGCCGAAUGUGAUCUGUGUCCAUGAGCAGGAUGCCGGCAUCCUAUGGAAACACACAAACUACCGGACGAACCGGGCCGUGGUGGUUCGAAACCGCGAGUUGGUGCUGCAAACCAUCCUGACAGUGAGCAACUACGAAUACAUCUUGUCGUUUGUCUUCAACACGGCGGGUGACCUCACGUACGAGGCGCGCGCUACGGGGAUAUUGUCAACGCAACCUCUCGACCCAGAGCUGACCAAGUCGCCUCAUCCGUUUGGCACCGUCGUGCACCCGGGAGUACUAGGAGGUUUCCACCAACACUUAUUCAGCCUACGCAUCGAUCCCAUGGUCGCGGGCCACGGCAACUCGAUCGUGUACGACGAGGCGGUGGCCAUCCCGCGGGACCCGAAGCUCAACCCGCACGGGGUUGGAUAUACCGUACGCAGGACCGAGAUCGAGGCCUCAGGUGGCUUCGACCUGGAUGUGAGCAAGAACCGCACAUUCAGAGUCAUCAACCCGACCGUCAACAACGCAGUCAAUGGCGCGGCGGUCGGGUACAAGGUCAUGGUCCCGCCGAUGCAGACGAUUCUCGCGGACGCGGACAGCUUCCACAACAAGCGCGCCGAGUUUGCCGACCACAGCAUCUACGUGACGCGCUACGCCGACGGCGAACUGUACGCCGGUGGCCUCUACACCAACCAGAGCCGGGGCGGGACAGGGGUGCGCAGUUGGGCGGACCGCAAGGACAGCCUCGCGGGCGGCGACCCCGUCCUCUGGGUGCAGUUUGGCAUCAACCACAUCCCGCGCGUCGAAGACUUCCCUGUCAUGCCGGCCGAGACGCUGCGGGUCAUGCUCAGGCCGGUCAACUUCUUCGAUCGGAACCCGGCCAUCGACGUCCCGUCGAGCAAGCAGGCGGUGAACUGUAGUGUGAGUUUAAACGAAACAGGGGAUGGUGCGAAGGAAGCGAUGGCAGGAGUGUCGCUGGGGGGCGAGGGAGGACAGCUAAGUUCUUGCUGCGCGUCGCAUGGAAGUGGAAGUGCUUGAUUGCAGAUUGAUGUUUUCGUUGAGAAUUGGGAGUUUGUGAACGGAGAGCACUUCGUAACCCUAAGCCAAACGAUGGUCUUGAAAACAAUUGCGUGAAUGGGAUGUCAGUCAGGGAGCUCAGCCUGAUUAUGUACAUACUAUGGUUAUAGUGUCCUUAACGCCUCGGGAUCCCCAUCUCGAGGAAAAUGAUGUUUUCGGUUGAUGCGG